AUGGCGGCGUACUGCAAUGAAGUCUGCAAGAUCGAAGACAAGUUCGACGGUCUGGAACACAACCACGUCGCAAGACGUUUCAACGAAGCAGCGGACGAGUUGGCAAAGGCGACAUCCGGCAGAAAGCCCGUCCCCGACGGCGUCUUCAUCAGUGACCAAUACAAGCCCUUGAUCCGUUACAAGGAGCCGGGAGGGGUCGGCGACGCGCCACCUGUCCCGAACUCGAGCGCCAACCCGAGAGAGGUCGGCAACGCACCAUCUGUCCUGGACUUGGGUGCCAACCCUGGAAAGGUCGGCAAGCCGCCACCUAUCCUAGACCCGGAGGUUGAUGCCUCUAACCCCGAGUUGCUCCCAACGGAUAAGACGGAGGCGCGGAGAAUUGCACGCCGUGCCAAAUCCUUCGUCAUCGUCGACCAGGAGCUAUACAAGCAGAGUCACACUGGCAUCCUCCAGUGCUGCAUCCCGAUCAAGCAGGGAAAGGCGUUGAUACAGGACAUCCACGCCGGGGCCUGCGGCCACCACGCCGCACCAAGAACCCACGUCGGAAAUGCCUUCUGA